AUGUGUUAUCUCUGCGCUAGGCUCUGGAGUAUUGAGGUAGCCUAAAUAGACACAAUCUGCUCAUCCUUCCGACCUUCAGCCCAAAGAGUGCGAAUGUGAAAACAACAUGGGCAACUGAUAAAAAAAGCAUCGCCCUGGGAAGUCACCCACAAGGUGACCACAACUCAGACCUAAAAAAGAAGAGGGAUCCUGAGAUCUUGCUUCCAGACCCACAGUGAAAUCAGACUUGAGCAUCAGUGAAGCCAUUCAGCUCUGAAGCUGACAUCUUUAGAUCUUCAGAAAUGACAGAUUUGCAGCAACAGAUUCAGUUGUUCAGUGUGGUGUGCCGUCGGCCCCUGGCAGCUGUGGGGUCCCCAGUAAGAGGCGGCACAUCAUAUGAGAGUUUGUACCUAGAUAGAAGCCAGCAGGGUGUGGGAUCAGAAGAGCAAGUGGGGAGAGUCCCUUGCUGUUUGAUGGGUACUGAGUGUGGUACCAGAAGGUUUGGAGAUGGAGAGGCAGAGUGGGUGUGUUAUGCAUUGCACUGUGCAUUCGGAAGUGGCUAGGGUGCUCACCAUCCUGUCGUGUUUACUGUGCCACAGUAACAAGAAUAAAUAAGUACCGACAGAGUUCCUCCCAGGUCACCUCCUCUGAAGGAUGAGAACACGCAGCAAAGCCGGAUUGGCCGGCUGCUGGUCCUGUCCGCACCUGCCCCCGCGCGCUCGCUCUCUCCGGGUUUGCCAGUGCUCAGCCCAAAGCGCGACACCCGCUGGGUCCACCCAAGACCCAGGACCCCAGACUGCUACGCCAGUGCAGAUGGACGCCCGGGCGCCGGAAGUUCCUUGCAGGGACGUACUGCAGAACGCGGCAGAAAAUCUACUUCAGGAGCUUGAAGAACACUUCCGAGCCCUGACUACAACGUUAAACCUCAGAAUGGAAGAAAUGGGAAGUCGCAUCGAGGACUUACAGAAAAACGUUGAUGACCUAAUGGUUCAAGCUGGAAUCGAGAAUUCUAUCAAAGAACAAACGACCUGAAGAUGUUAAACAAGUCACAGGAAAUUGCUAAAAUGGAAUCUAUACUGUUUGAAUAAUCUAUGCAGUAUGAA